CCCAUUCUCUUCACCCGUUCUCUUCACCCGUUCCCCUACCAACUCCGAACACACCACCACAUUACUACGACAACGAAGCAAUAACACCUUCGAUCUCAGACUUUUCCCCCGUUCUCUUCACCCAUUCUCUUCACCCGUUUCCCCUACCAACUCCGAAUACACCACCAUAUUACUACGACAACAAAGCGAUAACGAUGUCCAACGAAGCGGCGGCCACGUGGAAAUCCAGGCCUGCGGGCGAAAUUGUCGACGAAUCGGACCGACUCAUCCAGAUGAUCAAGAACUGGGAUGAGCCCGAAUUAAUCGUCGACUUGGAACUUAUUCGCAAAAGAAGCCCAGCGCCCAGGAAUCAACCGUGAGUUGCCUAUGGGCCAGCAGGAUAGAAUAUUGGCUAGACUCGCCCACAACAUCUUCCUUGAAGUUUCGACCAAGAAACGUGAUUUCCACGCGAAAUUUAUCCAGGAAAACGGCAAAUGGGCGUCUUAUAUCAAGAAUUUUGCCUUUGGUAGAGAGCACGAAGAAAAAGCCAAAGAAGCCCACAAGAACGAGCGCAAAGAGGCGCACCAGCGUUAUUUGAAAGACAAAGGUUUGCCCGCAAACGACGACAAGUGUGAAGAGGAUGCAAGAAGGGACACAGAUUGGUCGUGGUUCGACCUGGGAGGCCCAGAGCGCGAACAGGUCUACAUCCAGCGGGAGUUGGAGGGACUGAAGGGCUGGAAGGACGGCGAUGCUAAACCUCCGACCCCGGUCCUUGACCGUCUGCACUUCUGCCUGAAAGAAUCAGGCACGGGCGUAACCUUGAACCGUUUCGUACAGGUGUGCACAUGGGAAGCGCUGUGUAACAAGCAGCUUCUUGCGCAAGACGUGCACCACCCUCGCGGCGGCGGUCACCCUAAAGAGGAGCACGACGACUUUGUCGUCGUCGGCGGGUCAGCUCAGCAAAUUCUCGCGGCCAUCGAGACCAGAGAGAAAACGCUCGAUGGAUACCUAGCGCUCAAACGAAUCUUGCCGGAUACCUACGAACAGAGUCGUGCCCUCCUCCAUCUGGUCCGCGCCCACAUCGAGAAGAACGGCGUCCCAGAUUCUGCUGUUUAGAGAGCUGCUGCUUAAAGCGGAGACUAUUCGAUCCAUAGAGAAAAAGUGAAUGUGAUAGGGUGGGUGAUGUUCUGGGUUCCGAAGGCCCCAGGGGUGUUUCUCAAGGAUGGAGAAUGCUCCUGAGGACUUGAGUUCUGCGAUCAGGCUUUGUUGGUUUGUUGUUGG